ACUGCGCAAGACAUCUAGCUACAACUGAAAACAGGUUAUGAAAAUGAAAUGAAAUUUCGAAGGCUCCUUCGAGGCUUCUCUAAAUAAUAUCAAGUGCUAAAUCAUAAUUCAUUGUUUCGUCAUUGAAAUAAACGGCAAAAACUGAUAUUACCUGAUAAUAAGUAACCAAAAAGACAGAAGAAGAUGAGCACAAUGGCCCCAGGCCGCGUAUUAACCCGCUCAGUAACCACCACUCGUCCGAUAGACAUGACUUUGAGCCUUGAUUGCAUCGAGGAACCCCUCUCAGAAGCUCAAAUCGCUUUAAAAUCUCGGAUCCAAGAGGACUACGAGCGUGUGAUUACCACCUUGGAUGAGAUAAUGAAGAAAGACAACGGUCAACUCUUAACACAAACGUCCACAGUAAGUGGCUACCAAUAUUCCCUUGGCCCUGGCACCUCUUCCAUCCUCAAACAAUCUGCUCUAAACCAAUCCCAACCCACUAAAUCUAUCAAGCUCAAUGUCUUGAACAACUCAAAUACGUCCCAAGGUAAUCUCCAGCUUGUAAUGGAUCCCCGAAUGGGUCUGAUUCUCAACACGGUAUCCCAAAAUACCACAUCCUCUACUCCGACGCUUUCUCCUCAACUGGCAAAACCUCAUCAGUCCCACCCAGCCCAUGAAAAUACCCCAAUAAAUCAACCUCUCAAUCAAUUCACUCGGGCAACUCGUCAAAACACCAUUCGGGCGAAGAUUCUCCAAAUUCAACAACCAGACGUAGUGGAGGAUAGGCAGCUAUCUGUAGAGACCACUUCAACACCUGCAAUUUCCAAUCUGACAGCUUCUUCAAAAGCCCCUCAUCCUCCUCCUCCUUCUUCUCCCCAUACUACUACUACUAUUAAUAGUACUACUACUACUACUACUACUAUCAUCACCACCAACACCACCACUACUACGUCAUCCCACGCUACAGUGCAAAUUUCAAAUGCAAAACUUAAAACCUCCCAACGGCCACCAAUGAUUGUAAGACCUACGGAACAAACUUGCAUCGGUGGGAUAGCAGUUGGUAAUAAAAACAGCGCGGACAGUAUAGACGAAUCAAAGCGUCAUCUUCCAGAUGGGCGUGAGAUCGCAUUUAAUAAGAUGAAUGGAGGAAGAACAUUUCCCUCUUUAGUGGUGGUGGCACGACCUUUUUUGAGGAGUAAGGAAGUUCCCCCCCAGACUAUUUCCAAAGAGCGAAAUGAGCUAGAUGCUAAAGUGAAAACGGUACUCAUGUAUUCAGCAACGAGAUUUGCCGAAUGGUUAAUACAACAGGGAUUGGUCAAGUCUGAACAAUACUGCGAUCAACACUCCAAUCAAAAGCCAAAACUCAAGCUUGGUAUGUACAGUCACUGUGGCUCCUUUCCAUAUUCUGGGGGCUAUGUUUGGAUUUCGAGUUGUUGUCCAGAUCGAUUUGUUUCGGUUUUCUCUGGGUCAAUUUUCCAGGGAGCUCCACAUACACCCUCGGUGUUAUUGAAGCUCAUCUAUCAUUGGUCUUGUCAAACAAAUGUUCAGAAUGUCGUCUCCUGGGUGAAGAUAUCUAAUGUCUAUGUAAAAAACUUUUACACAAGCUUGAGAAGUAUUUGCACUGCAGCUGUUUGGGACAAAAGUUCGUUGAUCGGUGGAAAAGGAAGAAAUAUUCAGGUGGGAGUUAUAAGUCUUGGAACAACUUCGCAAGAUGGAAAUCUUCGGCAAGUUAAAGUGGAGGUCCUCGGGAUUUUGAAUCCAGAGACUGGUGAGCUGAGACUAAGAGCUUGUGAACCAGUACAGGACAAUGAUCGCACUGUAAAACGAAGAUUUAAUAAUAUCCUUCAGCCUCUGAAGAAUUGGGUGGACAAAGAUUCAAAAAUUCUUACUGAUUUUACCGUGGACAAAGGAAUUCUCCACGAGCUAGGAUUUAAUCAAGUAAUUCAGGUGGCCUACAAUAAUCAGACCUCACGCCAUCAGAAUAGCAAUUAUCAGGUGAUGGAGUACCUUCGUAAAAUAGUUCCCAGGAUGUUUCAAAAUACUUUGAGCCUCUUGAGCCGACAAAUGAUCCAACAAUUUCUCGAUGAACUCGUUUGGAGAGAGAUGUUCGGCACAACAGCGUCACGAGCCUUUCACAGUAUCAUCAGUCACAUAGCUGAGCAAACUCGUGCUUCCACAGGUGAAAAUCUCCUUGAUCGUCUCAGCAAAGUAGCUGUUAAUCCCUUCAAUGAUUGGUCGUAUUCACAAUAUAUUGCGAAAGAGUCUUACUCUGUAAAUAAUACUGCUGAGCCGAUACUCCUUUCAAAUGACACAAAUCCUGCAAACGAUGCACCAAUAUUGACGCUCAAAACUUCAGCGGUUCAAUCCAUUAGAAGAUCUCGUAAACGUCCGAUGAAUUCUCCAAAUGUGAUAGAAGCAAAACGUUCUAAUUCUGAUAUUAAAAUAGACUUCAAAGACCUCGACAAAGGUGAACAAGUUGCCCUCCAUGCCUUUUACUACGGAACUAUUGAAGGGGACAAAUUGUCUUGGAAGGAGGAAAAGCGCAUUGCCUCAUUUACGUGUUUUCUCUGUCCAACAACAGUUAAAUCAAAUACUGAAGUAAUGGACCAUAUGAUCAAGCACGUGCCUCAUCGAGUUGCAGGCCAAUUGCACUGUCAUGUGUGUCGAUAUUGUUGUGCCGCCUUUUCAUCAAAACAUAUGCUGAUCACACAUGUAGCUGAGGCACACAGUACUUUCGGUAAUAGCGAUGGACAUAUGGUUGUGUGUGGAAUUUGUGAGCAGAAAUUUGCCAAUUCAACUUUGCUAGUAGCGCAUAUGAGCACGACACAUUCAUCCUCCGAAAUGCCAUAUCGUUGUGAAAAUUGUGGAUAUAGAACAUCAUCUCAUAAAGAUGCAGUUGAUCAUUUUUAUAAGACUCAUGAGAGAGGGGACUCCCUCCAGUGUCCAUAUUGUUUAAAGGUAAUGCAGUUUUGUAUAGAGGGGACUCCUAUUUCUGCUAAUAUUCAGGCGUAUUUGGUACACAUGCAGAGGCAUGUCCUCAGAAGAGAACAGGGUCGGGGCAACAAGUGCUCUAGAUGUUGCCUCUGGUUUAAUCAGAAAAGUGCUCUCAAGCAGCAUCAAAUUGAUCUCCAUAUGCCUUGGCUUGGCAGCAAAGAAAUCCCCUCUGUACCCGAUGAAAAACGUAUAAUGAUUCCGAAAUUUAGGCAUCAGUUGAAAAGAAUUGAUCUUGGUGCAGCUCCUCCAGAAUUGCCGGAUAAUGAGGCAUUCGACAGAUGGAGCAAUCCUAUUAUUGUUAACGUUACCAGCUUCCAUUAUCAUUUCCGAUGUCAGGAAUGUGAAGAGGAUAUCGAUGAGGAAGAUCAUUAUCCGGGAGAGCAGAAGUGCCGUCAGUGUCGGUAUGUCACCUGCUGUUGGAGAGCCUUUAAGGAACAUCAGCAACAAAUUCAUAAUGAACGUCCUAUGACUAGUCUUAUCGUUCCUUCUCCGCUCAUAAAUAUUCCACUCGAGAAGAAGAUGAAGUGCUCAUGUGGAUAUGCCACUAAGGACGGUAAUUUAUUGGCUACACAUUUUGUUAAGUGUAAGAAAGUCUCGGGGGGCAUUGAAGUGAGGGGUUCAACUGGAAUGCUCGAUAGCCUCGGACUUGUACCUAAAAAUUCAACGUAAAUUGUGCACAUGAUCAUAACAAACGCUCUUUUUCAUAUGUUCAUAUGUUCAUAUGCUUGGGAAAAUUUUUAUAUUUUCUCAUUUUUAAAUCAACUAAAUCGAAUUUUUGUCCAUUACUCCUCUGUAAUUGAAAUCUGUGAGAUUCUAUAUGAUCGUCCUGACUAACUACUAUGUCACAAUGUCACCAUGUCCGAACACAAACCACACAAAUCUUGAAAUAAAAUUUCAUUAUCACCACAUCAUUGUAUUAUUCAUUUUUAUCAUUUUCAAGUGUAAUUUAAGUGUAUUUUCAAAUAUACCCUAUAUAAUAUAUAGUAGAUUUUACCAAACAAUACACGAUUGGACUGUUUUAUGCAUGAACAUUUCCAUUUCUACAUUUUCCAUCGUAGUAUUCGAUUGAUAAAUAAUAUGACUGGGCUUAAUGAAGGAAGACUGCAACUAUUUAUAUUAUGAAUUUUUAUUUUGCAAUAAUGAUUGAUGAUUGAAUUUCAGCAAGGAUUUUUUUUUUUAGGCUGUCUUUAAUCUUUGCGAUUUAAUAGGGUUAAAUAUUGAAUAAUUGAAACAGUUGAAUUACUUAUUUCAUGGUUAUUAUUAAAUUCCAAAUUCAGCUUUUAUAACAUUUGAUCGGUUUCGUCUCAUUGGCUCUUACCGUUCUGUCGAUUCGAGAAACUUUAAUAAUGAAUGCGUCAAUAUUUUUCUUAGUUUUACAUUUUUUACUUUUUUUUUUUGUAUUUUUUUCUGAUUUUUCAUCUUUUUUUUUGGUAAAUUUUUAAAAUAUUUUUAUAUGCUGAGUAACACAGAUGCCGCACUCAUUACUGUGAAUCCUUCAAAGCUAAUCGAUUCGGAAUUAUCAUUAUUAUAAUAAACUACAAUUGUAUAAAUGAACAA